GUCUUUUCAGCAAUGUGAAUGAAACUGAAAGAAGAAAAAUAAUCGCAUAACUUGCCUUUCUUUAGUGGAAAUACAAAGCAAUUUGGAAAUCUACCAGUGUUGUAUUUAAUCCGGAGACUGAGUUCACUAUAGAAACACCCACAAUUGUAUCAAUGGUUGGGGAAAGAUAGUGGCAGCAGGCAAAGGAAAAACCCGCUCUCACAUACUAAGAAAAUGAGUAUGCUAAAGCCAAGUGGGCUUAAGGCCCCCACCAAGAUCCUUAAGCCUGGAAGCACAGCUUUGAAGACACCUACAACGGUUGCAGUUCCAGUAGAAAAAACAAUAUCCAGUGAAAAAGCAUCAAGCGCUCCAUCUGCUGAGGCUCAAGAAGAAUUUGUGGAUGACUUUCGAGUUGGGGAGCGAGUUUGGGUGAAUGGGAAUAAGCCUGGAUUUAUCCAGUUUCUUGGAGAAACCCAGUUUGCACCAGGCCAGUGGGCUGGGAUUGUUUUAGAUGAACCUAUUGGCAAGAAUGAUGGCUCAGUGGCAGGAGUUCGGUAUUUCCAGUGCGAGCCUUUAAAGGGCAUAUUUACCCGACCAUCAAAGUUAACAAGGAAGGUGCAAGCAGAAGAUGAAGCUAACGGGCUGCAGACGACUCAGGCUUCCAGAGCUACUUCUCCUUUGUCCACAUCUGCAGCCAGCAUGGUGUCCUCCUCCCUGGCCACUCCCUCAAAUAUUCCCCAUAAACCGUCCCAACCAGCAGCAAAGGAACCUUCAACUACAUCUCAGAUCAGUAACCUUACAAAAACUGCCAGUGAGUCUAUCUCCAACCUUUCAGAGGCUGGCUCAGUCAAGAAAGGAGAAAGAGAGCUCAAAAUUGGAGACAGAGUAUUGGUUGGUGGCACUAAAGCUGGUGUAGUCCGGUUUCUCGGGGAGACAGACUUUGCAAAGGGAGAGUGGUGUGGUGUGGAGUUAGAUGAACCUCUUGGGAAGAACGAUGGUGCUGUUGCUGGAACAAGGUAUUUUCAGUGUCAACCCAAAUAUGGCUUGUUUGCUCCUGUCCACAAAGUGACCAAGAUUGGCUUCCCUUCCACUACGCCAGCCAAAGCCAAGGCCGCCGCGGUGAGGCGAGUGAUGGCCACCACGCCUGCCAGCCUGAAGCGAAGCCCUUCUGCCUCCUCCCUCAGCUCCAUGAGCUCGGUGGCCUCCUCUGUGAGCAGCAAACCCAGCCGGACAGGACUAUUGACUGAAACCUCCUCCCGUUACGCCAGGAAGAUCUCCGGCACCACUGCCCUCCAGGAGGCGCUGAAGGAGAAGCAGCAGCACAUUGAGCAGCUGCUGGCUGAACGGGAUCUAGAGAGGGCGGAGGUGGCCAAGGCCACGAGCCACGUGGGGGAGAUAGAGCAGGAGCUAGCCCUGGCCCGGGACGGACACGACCAGCAUGUCCUAGAAUUGGAGGCCAAGAUGGACCAGCUGCGAACAAUGGUGGAAGCUGCUGACAGGGAGAAGGUGGAGCUUCUCAACCAACUUGAAGAGGAGAAAAGGAAGGUUGAGGACCUUCAGUUCCGGGUUGAAGAAGAGUCAAUUACCAAAGGUGAUCUUGAGCAAAAGAGCCAGAUUUCUGAAGAUCCUGAGAAUACGCAGACCAAACUGGAGCAUGCCCGCAUUAAGGAGCUUGAACAGAGCCUGCUCUUUGAAAAGACCAAAGCUGACAAACUCCAGAGGGAGUUAGAAGACACUAGGGUGGCUACAGUAUCAGAAAAGUCACGUAUAAUGGAACUAGAGAAAGACCUAGCAUUGAGAGUACAGGAAGUAGCUGAGCUCCGAAGAAGGCUGGAGUCCAAUAAACCUGCUGGGGAUGUGGACAUGUCGCUUUCCCUCUUGCAAGAGAUAAGCUCUUUGCAAGAAAAGUUAGAAGUCACCCAAAGUGACCACCGGAGAGAAAUAACUUCUCUGAAAGAACAUUUUGGAACCCAGGAAGAAACUCAUCAGAAGGAGAUAAAGGCUCUUCAUACUGCCAUGGAGAAGCUUUCCAAAGAAAACGAGUCAUUGAAAAGCAAGCUUGAUCAUGCCAACAAAGAGAAUUCAGAUGUGAUAGCUCUGUGGAAGUCCAAGCUGGAGACUGCCAUCGCAUCCCACCAGCAGGCGAUGGAAGAGUUGAAGGUGUCCUUUAGCAAAGGGGUUGGAACAGAGGCAGCAGAAUUUGCUGAGUUAAAAACACAAAUAGAGAAAGUAAGACUAGAUUACCAGCAUGAAAUAGAAAAUUUGCAGAAUCAGCAAGACUCUGAACGGUCUGCUCAUGCUAAAGAGGUAGAAGCCCUAAGGGCUAAACUGAUGAAAAUCAUUAAAGAAAAGGAGAACAGUCUGGAAGCCAUCAAAUCAAAACUGGACAAAGCGGAAGACCAGCAUCUAGUAGAAAUGGAAGACACGUUAAACAAAUUACAGGAAGCUGAAAUAAAGGUAAAGGAACUAGAGGUACUGCAAGCCAAAUGCAAUGAACAAACCAAAGUUAUUGAUAAUUUUACAUCACAGCUCAAGGCUACUGAAGAAAAGCUCUUGGAUCUUGAUGCACUUCAGAAAGCCAGUUCCGAAGGUAAAUCGGAAAUCGAGAAACUUAGACAGCAGCUUGAGGCAGCUGAGAAACAGAUUAAAAAUUUAGAGAUUGAAAAGAAUGCUGAAAGUGGCAAGGCUAGUAGCAUUACCAAAGAGCUCCAGGGGAAAGAGCUAAAGCUUACUAACCUUCAGGAAAAUUUGAGUGAAGUCAGUCAAGUGAAAGAGGCUUUGGAAAAAGAACUUCAGAUUUUGAAAGAAAAGUUUGCUGAUGCUUCAGAGGAGAUGGUCUCUGCUCAGAGAAGUAUGCAAGAAACUGUAAGUAAAUUACACCAAAAGGAGGAAGAGUUUAACAUGCUAUCUUCUGAACUGGAGAAGCUGAGAGAAAAUUUAGCAGAUAUGGAGGCAAAAUUUAGAGAGAGAGAUGAAAGAGAAGAGCAGUUGAUAAAGGCAAAGGAAAAACUGGAAAACGACAUUGCAGAAAUAAUGAAGAUGUCAGGAGAUAAUUCUUCUCAGCUGACAAAAAUGAAUGAUGAGUUACGUCUGAAAGAAAGAUGUGUCGAAGAAUUACAGCUGAAACUUACAAAGGCUAAUGAAAAUGCAAGUUUUCUGCAGAGAAGUAUUGGGGAAGUAACUCUCAAAGCUGAAGAGAGCCAGCAAGAAGCAGCUAAAAAGCAUGAGGAAGAAAGGAAAGAACUGGAGAGUAAACUGCUGGACCUGGAAAAGAAGGUGGAAACAAGCCACAACCAAUGUCAGGAUCUGAAAGCCAGGUAUGAAGAAGCCAGUUCUGAGACAAAAGCCAAACACGAAGAAAUCCUGCAGAACCUGCAGAAGGUGCUGUCGGACACAGAGGAUAAGCUGAAGGCUGCACAAGAGAAGAACAGCAGCCUGCUGCAGGAGAUGGAGGAACUGAAAACACACGCUGACAAAGCCAAAUCGCUAACUUAUUUGUUAACAUCAGCCAAAAAAGAAAUUGAACUUAUGUCAGAAGAGCUGAGGGGUCUGAAAUCAGAGAAGCAGCUUCUUGCACAGGAGGGAAAUGAUUUAAAGUUAGAAAAAGGUUCACUUUUGUCAAAGCUUAUAGAGGUGGAGGCCAAAAUAACUUUACUUCAGGAAGACCAACAGAAACUGUGGUCAAUAAAUGAAACUCUUAAUUUAGAAAAGGAGAAAGUCUUAGAAGAAAAGCAAGAUGCUGAAAAGCUUUAUCAGCAGGAACAUGUCAACAAUGAAGCUUUGGCUGUUGAGAGAGAGAAAUUGCUUAAUGAAAUCAAUAUUGCACAGGAAGAACUCUUGAAGAUACAUAUGGAAAAUGACUCUUUGCAAGCUUCUAAGGUGAGCAUGCAGGCACGUAUUGAAGAGCUCAAGUUCAGCAAAGAUACUUUGAUUGCUGAAUUUAUGAAGCAUCGGGAAGAAAAAGAUCACCUGGAGGAUCAGAUCAAGAAACUUAUUACCGAAAACCUUGUUUUGGCUAAAGAUAAGGAUGACAUUAUUCAGAAGCUUCAGAGCUCUUAUGAGGAGCUAGUCAAAGAUCAGAAAACCUUGGCACAAGAGAUCGAAGAUCUCACAGCUGAGAAAAAGUCAGCUUUAGAGAGACAGUCAAGUCUCGAUAACACCUGCAUAGCCUUAAAGGUAGAACGAGACAAUCUUCUUCAGAACAACCGGGACCUACAGUUGGAGAAGGACUUGCUGCUUCAAGAUCAGGAAAAGCUGCAUGCCAACCUAGAGGCCGCACUCCAGGUCCAACAGCUGCUCCGCAUGGAAGCCAGUGGGCUCCACGGGCAGCUGGAUGAUGCCGGCAAAGCUCUGAGAAAGGCGGAGCUGGAGACGGUGCAACUCCAGGCCACAAACUCGAGCCUCACGAAGCUGCUGGAAGAAAUUAAGGCUAGUCGGGCAAUCACAGACUCUGAGUGCAUCCAGCUUCUGCACGAGAAAGAAACCCUGGCCUCUGCUGAGAGGAGACUUUUGGCUGAAAAAGAAGAACUUUUAAGUGAAGUUGGGAUCAUCACUGAAAAACUCAACAAAUGCUCGGAAGAGGCUGCCCGUAUUGAGAUGAGCCUGAAUGAGAAGAUCAGUUAUCUAACUUCUGAGAAGGAGGUGGUUUGUCAGAAAUUUACUAAGCUUAAAAAGCAGCAGGACAAUCUCUUGAAAGAAAAAUCUGCACUGGAAUUGCAAAAUGGAGAUUUACUUGCAGAGAGAGAAAAUUCCAUCAAAGCCAUAGGAGACCUUAAAAGGAAAUACGAUCAAGAGUCUGCGAACAGAAGAAUCAUUGUUCAUGAGAAGAUGAAACUACUUGGUAAUAUUGAUGCGCUGAAGAAAGAGCUUCAAGAGAGAAAAAAGGAAAACCAAGAACUCGCGGCCAGCAAGUGUGAUCUCUCUAUGAUGCUGAAAGAGGCACAAAAUGCCAAAAAGAAUCUAGAAAAAGAACACACUAACAUAUUGCAUGCAAAGGAGAGUUUGAAUGUUGAACUUCAGACUUGCUGUUCUGAAAAGAACAUUUUGUUGAGGGAUGGCUUGAGCCUGCAAGAGGAGUGUCAGAAAUUAAGUGAGGAAAUCCAUGCAAUUCGGAAGUCCUUAAUCCUGGAACAAGAAGCCAGAGCAAAAGAGAAUGAGUCAUCCCUGUAUGAAAAAAAUAAACUUCAUGGGAGAAUGGUGCUCCUGGAGCAGGAGGUGGAAGAGUUAAGAGCGUGUACUGAGGCGCUGCAGUCUGAGAAGUUUGCGCUGAUCCAAGAGAAGACCAAAUCAGAGCAAAAAGUAGUAGAGAUAAUUAAGGAAAAGGAACUCUUGAGUGCAGAAACAGCUCAGCUCGCUGCCAACAUAGAGACUCUGAAAAGCGAUUUUGCUUCCUUGUCCAAAUCCAAGUUGGAACUGCAGGAACUGCACAGCUGCCUCACCAAGAUUCUGGAUGACCUUCGGCUGAACCAUGAGGUGACCCUGGCUGAAAGAGCCCAGGUGGUACAGGACAACAAGAACCUCCUAGCAGAGAAAAGAGAGAUGAUGCUGGAGAAGGACCAGCUCCAGAAGGAGAAGGAGAGCCUGGCAGAAAGUUACUUCAUCCUUCAGAAAGAGAUCAGCCAGUUGGCCCAAACCAACAGCCAUAUUUCAGCCAACCUCCUAGAAUCUCAAAAUGAAAACCGUACUUUGAGGAAAGACAAGAGCAAGCUUACCCUUAAAAUUAGAGAGCUCGAGACUCUUCAUUCAUUUACGGCUGCUCAGACAGCGGAAGAUGCCAUGCAGAUAAUGGAACAGAUGACCAAAGAGAAGACCGAGACGCUGGCCUCCUUGGAGGACACCAAGCAAACAAAUGCAAAACUACAGAAUGAAUUGGACACACUUAAAGAAAACAACUUGAAAAAUGUGGAAGAACUCAACAAAUCAAAAGAACUCUUGACUGUAGAGAAUCAAAAAAUGGAAGAAUUCAGGAAAGAAAUAGAAACCCUAAAGCAGGCAGCAGCUCAGAAGUCCCAGCAGCUUUCAGCAUUGCAAGAAGAGAACGUUAAACUUACUGAGGAGCUGGGGAGAAGCAAGGACGAAGUCACAAGUCAUCAAAAGCUGGAAGAAGAAAGAUCUGUGCUCAAUAAUCAGUUGUUAGAAAUGAAAAAAAGAGAAUCCAAGUACAUAAAAGACGCAGAUGAAGAAAAAGCCUCCUUGCAGAAAUCCAUCAGUAUAACUAGUGCCUUACUCACAGAAAAGGAUGCAGAGCUGGAAAAACUGAGGAAUGAGGUCACAGUGCUCAGGGGAGAAAACGCCUCUGCCAAGUCCUUGCAUUCAGUUGUUCAGUCUCUAGAGUCUGAUAAGGUGAAGCUUGAGCUCAAGGUAAAGAACUUGGAGCUUCAACUCAAAGAAAACAAGAGGCAGCUCAGCAGCUCCUCAGGUAAUACUGAUACUCAGGCAGAAGAGGAUGAAAGAGCCCAGGAGAGUCAGCAAAUGAUUGAUUUCCUAAAUUCGGUAAUAGUGGACCUUCAAAGGAAGAAUCAAGACCUAAAGAUGAAGGUAGAGAUGAUGUCAGAAGCAGCCCUCAAUGGGAACGGGGAUGACCUGAACAAUUAUGACAGUGAUGACCAAGAGAGACAGUCCAAGAAGAAACCUCGCCUCUUCUGUGACAUUUGUGACUGCUUUGACCUCCACGACACAGAGGACUGUCCUACCCAGGCACAGAUGUCUGAGGACCCUCCCCAUUCCGUACACCACGGCAGUCGGAGUGAGGAACGCCCAUACUGUGAAAUCUGUGAGAUGUUUGGCCACUGGGCAACCAACUGCAAUGACGACGAGACCUUCUGAUGAAGCCUCGUCUCGAACUGGGCUUUCUCAGAUGCGCUAGCGUUUAAGCAAUUUAACACCAGCAUUGUGCGUGCAGACUUCAGGAGAACUCAUGUUAUUUUUGACCCCCAUCAACAAAUCUAAGAAAUAUUUUGAUCUUCAACAAAUCACCCUUUAGUCUUCUCUUUUAAGUUAGAAAAACAAAUAAAUACUUUAGUAGGUGAGUUUUCACCUCUUAUUUUGUUUUCUUGAUGUCUCAGUUUGAAAACAUUGCACCAGAUGCCAUUACUUUGUUUUGUCCCUAGACCUCAUAGGAAAAUCCUUACCCUUACGAUACCUUAUUUAAGUAACUUUAAAUUAUGCCGUUACUUUUCAUAUUUGCACUAAAAUAUUUCCAGGCUGCAUUUGUAUAUUUAGAUUUUUGGGUUAAGCUUUGACACUGGAAUGAGUUGAAAAAAAAAUGUGCCAUCUUGCAUUUUCAUCUACUCAUUAUAGUAUUUUAUUCUUAUUCAAAGAAAUAUGAGCUCUUUGCACUACCUGUUAUCAGUAGUGCCUUUAUUUCAGGCUUGAUAAUACUUAGGUGUGAUUAUAAAUCAUGAAACAGGUAAAGGGAGGGGAAAGCCCCCAAACUGCUGUGGGGACAUUUUAUAAUCUAUAUGCUGCACCCACUUACUGUACUGUGGUGUUUUGUUUAUUGGUUUUGCAUAAUUUCAGCUUCUAUAUAUUAUAUGUAUAUAUUUUUUUAAAAAUUAUAUUUUGGGAAAAACAUAUACAAUGUGUCUUUCUUUUCAGAUGUUUACCUUUAUGAAAAAGAAAACACUUAAAGUGAUCCUCUGAACAUAACAGACUAAGGCCAGAAAUACCAUCAUGUGGCUUGCAAUUAUUUUUUUCUUUUUGUUUUCAUUUUGUUUCUUUACCAGAUUUCAAUAACUGGAAGAAUUUUCUCAAAUUUUUUUCCUUCUCUAGCAGAUCUCCCCAGCAGUCAGUUAAUUAGAUAAUAAUCCACUGUAAAACACCUAGAUUAAACAAUUUACAGUCUUCCUUUACAAGUUUUUUUACUGUGUUUUUAGAUGAAUGUACGAUGAGAAAUUCAACAUUAAUAAUUUUGGAUUUUCUUAUCACAAAAAAUAAAAUGAAGGACCUCAGCCACCAGAAUAGUUUGUCAACCAGUUUGAAUCUAUUUAUCUUCAUUUGAAUGUCUUUUAGAAUAUGUAAAAUGUAAUAAAAUGUAUCUUCCAUGCUACGUGUAUAGUAAGAACUUCUAUAAUUGUAUAUAUGCCUUUGAUGUAUUUCCCCCUCAAGUUUUAUCAACUGUGUUUGACAAGUGAAUAUUAAGUUAAUCUGUUAUGAAUUGAAAUUUUUGGUUAUAAACAUUAUAAUAGGAGUUGUUUCACAAACAGAAAACAUGUAAAACAGUAUUAAAAUUUGAGCAAACAAGUGUUCUGUAUCUACUUUAAUAAAUGAUUAUUCUUUUUUGCCA